CAGCAGCAGCAGCAGCAGCAGCAGGCCUUUUACAUGGCGGCUCAGGAUCCCCUCAAGCUGUACGAGCACCAGCUGCAGCCGCCCAACAUGGACAAGAAGAUCAAGUACCCCAACAUGCAGGAUUUCUACUGGGAGCCGUCCUACCGGAUAGGGGACGGUCUGGCUGUGAUGGCGGACAGGAUAAAGAGGCCUCCGCCUGGUGGGAUCUGCUCUGAGCAGGACCCGUCCGCCGGGCCCCGGGGACCCCCGUUUGAGCUGCCAAACCAGACCAGGAUGGAGAACGGCCCCGAGGUCAUCAGCCAGUCUUCUCUCCUGCCAAUGUCUGGCUUCCCCAUGCAGGAGUACAACCAGAACAGCAUCUUCAGUCAGGCCUACGGCAAGAACCUGCCGCCCAGCUCCAAGCCCGACACUCCCAUGAUGCACCAGGAACCAUCCCUCUACUCCCUGUUCGAAGGGACUCCCUGGUCCCCCUCCCUCCCUGCCAGUUCAGAUCACUCCACCCCGGCCAGCCAAUCCCCCCACUCCUCCAACCCCAGCAGCCUGCCGUCCUCCCCGCCGACACACAACCAUGGAGCCAUGCCUUUCUCUAACUUCGGGCCCAUAGGCACUCCGGACAGCCGGGACCGCAGGGUGGUGGACCGCUGGAAGGCUGACAAGACCGGAGCGGUCAGCGGGUUCGGUCUGGACUACCUGCCGGCGUCGGCCUCCUCUGCAGCUUCAGACAACAGCUGGCACCAGGCCGGACCGCCCGGCAGCUCCUGGGCCAGUCAGGAGUCUCCCAUGGAGGAGUCGUCCUCCACCGUGCUGCUCGACAGCCUCAAG